AUUACUCUUGUUGCACAGGUUGUGAGCGAGGGUAAGAGAGGGAGGAGAGAUAGAGAGAUAAACACACUCCACCUAGAACGUCAAACACGAGUAAGUGUCAGACAGAAACAGGCAGAGAGGAAGAAGGGAGGGAACAGGGGAGAUAAAGGAUAGGAGAAAUAGCUGACCGUGAGUGAAAGAGGAGAGGGACACAGAUAAACAAAGAGAAGUUCAUCUGUUUUGUUUUUGAAGGGAGACAGUGGCAGAGAGGGUAUAUAUAGAGAGAGGUAGACCCAGCAGAAGCAGGACUACUGUACAGUGUGUUGUGUUGGGACCUUCCUCCAGGGAGCCUAGUGGAGCAGAGCUUGGUGCCUGGUGAGAGAGUGACCCCCCUGGGACACAGACACAACCAUGGAUCCCUCUGCGUUGGAUGAGGUUGGAGACGAGUGCAAGGAGAGCAGGAAGAUCCACUUUGCUGUGCAGUCCUCGGCACCCACCCAACUGGACCCCCGGCAAGUAGAGAUGAUCCGGCGCCGGCGGCCCACACCUGCAACACUGUUCAGAGUGGCAGACCAGUGUUCCCCUGAGGAUGAUCAGUCCAGCCACCAGUGGAUUGUAGGAGAGAAUGGGGUACUCAAGCCCAAGCGAGUCAACCCAAAUGUGUAUCAGCCACCAUCCCUGAAAGCCGUCCAGAAGAUGGCUGAGGCACACAUGCAGAACCUGGGUGUCUACCCCCCCUUGGAAGACCCCUUUGAGGGGGAGGAGUACGACGACUACCCCUGUCAUGAGGAGAGGGAGGAGAGAUUCCCCACCAAAGCUGCUGACCCCCAAGCGACCAGCACCACAGACCAAUCAGAGAAGCCGGAUGAAGAGGAAGAGGGGGAAGAGAAAGAGAAAGAGGAAGAAACGACAGAAGAAAAGACAGAGGAGAAGGCAAAGAAAGUGCGCAAAAGUGUCAAGUUUUAACACUACUUUGAAGGGAACAAAUGAAGGGAGAGAGAGAUGGUGGCAGAUGUGUGAACGACUGAGUGAAUGAAUGAGUGACUUUAAUGUGUGAACGUGUGAGUGAGAAAGAGAGCUUCUAAGUUUGAAUGGUAAGUAUUCAAAUUAAAUGAACGAAUGAAUGAAUGAAUGAAUGAAUGUAGGUACUGUCGGCAAAUCUGUGAGCAAAAAAAUCUGGAAAGCGAGAGGGAGGAGAGAGAAUGUAUAAUAGAUAUGGCCCUUGUGAAGAGGUGAGGAGUGGCUCCUUAGAACUAAUGAGACGAGUGGAUAGGUCCCCCUCACUGCAAAGCUAGUCUUCUCUUCCAUGUCAGGGGAACCAGUCAUUCACUUCUCACUUUCUUACUUUGCUCUUUGAUGUUACAAAGCAAUGGAAUAAUGGCUAGAAAUAAUUACACGGCACUCAAAAUAACUGCAAACAGACAAACAGCUUGAUGAACAGCUUCAGUAUAGAACACACACACACACACACACACACACACACACACACACACACACACACACAGAGGAGAUAUCUUCUCACUGUCAGUUCAGACUAUAUUCUAAAGCUGCUCCGUUACUGUGCAGAUAUGAUAAUACAGACUCCCUUUCAAAAUCACAAAGACCUGUAUAAUGUGUACCAAAUUUCACUCUGGCCUAGAUUGGAUAUCUGCAGCAUGAUCAUAUUGAGAUCUUGUUCUUGGAAGAAGUGAGCAGCUGCUGCCAUCUUGUGGCAAGAUAGGAGAUGUAGAAUAACCAGAGCAUGUGUAUUGACAUGGAUUUACAUACAAUAAACUGUGCACUGCAUAGGCCUUCAGAUAAUAUGCAUCUAUAUAAUUGAAAUGAUCUAGAUUUGCAAUGUAUUUGAAACAUUUAUUUGUGAUGCUUUUGAAGUUAUUUUUGGUGUCCAUCAAAGCUAUGUGUGUCAAUGAUGUACUCUGGGUGUAUGUGAGGAUGCCAUGCUUUUGUAAAAGUAGUCCAAUUUAGUUUUUUUUGUGAGGAAAAAAAAUGUAUUCAUUUUGUAUGCAGAAUCAGAUUCGUUUUGUUUGUUUGAUUAAAUAAUUUCCUGUGUAAAGGUGCAUUAAUCAACUUAGCUGUAUAUGGUCUCUUUCUGUUGAACAAUUGUCACAACAUUUAGUAACCUUUUAGUCAUGACUUGGAUAACUGUGUUUUUCAUAUUCUCGUGGAAAACAACGCCGACAAUACAAUACAUAGUGACUCUCUUUCUCUUCCCGCUGAAAUGGAAUGACACAUUUGAAUAUUAAAAUAUUCACCCUCAGAAUGUCAGUACCAUCAUAUACUCAUUGAUAAUGUCAGUCUAAUGAACAGUUUCCUUUAUUUCCAUCGCAUCUGUUCUCCAACUGCAGGAUUGCUUGAGUCAGCGGAAUAUAUUUUGAUAGUGGCACAGCUGAAUGUCUCAAUCUGUACCAAACUGCUAAUAUAUUGUAAUUGUUUUGAUUCUCUUUUUGUUGGACAAUUGAACAUUUGUAUGCUCUUCUCUCUUGCCUGGGUGUGUGGGCUGGGCAGCCCUUUAAAGUGUUGUGACAUAUGGCACCUACUCCCUCCAUUCUCUCACUGUCUGGCUGGAGUGAGCAUCCUCUCCUUCUCCAAGUCUCUCUAUCCUCCACGGUCAAUAGGCGAGUGCCAUGGCAAGAAUGAACUCGAAUCGAUAAUAUUCUUCUUUAUUUCAUUCUUUUUUUUCUGUUCUUGUUAAAGAUGUAGACAUUUCAAUGUGAGCCACAAUAACAAUAUCUAAAUAAACACAUUUUCCUGA